GGUUUCACAGUCUCCUCUGUGAACCGGAAAGAUAUGAUUUCACCUUGGCUGCAUAUCGCUGUGGAGUGGCACACGUUUGUUUUAAGCUAGAAAUUUGACAUUCAAAUGAAUGGUGGAUGUCACUUUAGUGCCGCGACGUGUCUGACUGUUCUCCAGAGAGAGAGAAAACAUGAAGCAAGACGUCAGGAUACUUUUGCUGGGGGAACCCAAAGUGGGGAAGACAUCUCUCAUCAUGUCUCUGGUUGGAGAGGAGUUUCCUGAACAGGUUCCCCCCAGAGCUGAAGAGAUAACCAUCCCUGCUGAUGUGACUCCAGAGAAGGUUCCCACACACAUAGUGGACUACUCAGAAAAAGAGCAGAGUGACGAGGUCCUUAGAGAUGAGAUCAUCAAGGCUAAUGUGGUGUGUGUAGUGUAUGAUGUCACCAAUGAGGACACAAUAGACAAGAUUAAAACCAAAUGGAUACCUUUAGUCAACGGAGAUGCAGAGAAGGGAAACAAGGUUCCCAUCAUCCUCGUGGGAAACAAAUCUGAUCUGCGCUGUGGGAGUUCCAUGGAAACCAUUCUACCCAUCAUGAACCAGUUCUCUGAGAUUGAGACAUGUGUUGAGUGCUCUGCAAAGAACCUAAAAAACAUUUCAGAGCUGUUCUAUUAUGCACAGAAGGCAGUGCUACACCCCACUGCUCCUCUUUAUGACCCUGAGGACAAACAGCUAAAACCGUCGUGUGUCCGAGCUCUCACCCGAAUAUUCUACAUUUCCGACCAGGACAACGAUCGCAUCCUCAGUGAUGCUGAACUCAACAGCUUUCAGAAAUCCUGUUUUGGGAAUCCUCUGGCACCACAAGCCUUAGAAGAUGUAAAGACUGUAGUUUGGAAGAACACCAGCGAUGGAGUCCAGGACAAUGGCCUGACCCUAAAUGGUUUCUUGUUCCUUAAUACAUUAUUUAUUCAGAGGGGUCGACAUGAAACCACGUGGACUAUCCUCAGAAAGUUUGGCUACGAUGACAACCUUGAGCUGACUGAUGAUUACCUUUACCCUGAACUCAGAGUUCCUGUUGGCUGCACCACAGAGCUCAAUCAUCAGGGUUACCAGUUCAUCCAGCAGUUGUUUGACAAGUACGAUGAAGAUAAGGACUCCGCCUUGUCACCGAAAGAGCUUAGAAACCUGUUUUGCGUAUGUCCUUACAUGCCAUGGGGUCCUGAAGUCUACAUGACUGUCCCAACCACAAAUAAGGGCUACAUCUCAAAUCACGGCUACCUCUGUCAGUGGACGCUUUCUGCAUACCUUGACAUCCACCGUUGCCUGGAGCACCUAGGAUAUCUAGGCUACCCUAUUCUCACUGAACAGGACUCACAGACUGCUGGAGUCACAGUGACACGAGAGAAAAAGGUGGACCUAGAAAAGCGACAGACCCAGAGAUCAGUAUUUCUCUGCAAAGUGAUUGGACCAAGAGGGACAGGCAAGUCGGCCUUCCUCCAGGCCUUUUUGGAUCGCCACAUUGUGAAUAAAGGCGAUUCCAGCAGUGCCUUCUGCCCUUAUGUCAUAAAUACUGUACAAGUCAGUAACCAGGAAAAGUACCUUAUCCUUAACGAGGUAGACGUGGAGACAGAGUUCUUGAAGAAGUCAGACGCCUCCUGUGAUGUUGCUUGUCUCAUGUACGACAUCAGUGACCCCCAUUCCUUCAACUAUUGUGCCAGCAUAUACAAGCAACACUACAUGGAAAGCAACAUCCCAUGCGUGCUGGUCGCCUCCAAGGUGGACCUUCCUGAAGUGAAGCAGUUCCACGGGAUGACCCCAGCAGAGUUCUGUUAUAAGCACAGACUGCCUCCACCGAUGCCCUUCUCCACGCUGUCCCUUGACUCCACCAGCAAGAACAUCUACACAAGACUUGCCUGGGCAGCCAUGUACCCGCACCUGAAUGGUUCAGACAUGAGCAACACAACAUUCUGGCUGAGAGUGGCUUUAGGCUCGGCUGUGGUUGCAGUUCUGGGUUUUGCUAUCUACAGAGCUGUUGCCAGACUGAAAUGACUGACAAGCUGGAAAGGCUUUCCCCCCCCCAGCCUGAUGCUCCAUCCAUCAAGACCAAACCUCUGUGACCAGAUGCAGAACCGCCACAGCUUGAACUAGACAAAGUCCAUGUCAUCUUACUUUUUUUUUU